AUGGAUGUAAGUGUAUUUAAAAGUUCACACUAUAUAACACAUAUGAGAUUAUAUGAGGUAGACUAUAAAGCUCAAGGGAAUAAAGCCUUCGCCGCACAAGAAUACGAUAAAGCCAUAGAACUCUUCACAAAAGCAAUAGAAUUAGACCCUACGAAUCAUAUACUUUACUCGAACAGAUCAGCGUCUUAUGCGUCUUUGAAAGAAUAUAACAAAGCCUUGGAAGAUGCAAAUAAGACUGUUGAAUUAAAUAAAACUUGGGCAAAGGGUUAUAAUAGGAAAGGUACGGCUCUCUAUCGUUUAGGCAAAAUCGAAGACGCUCGCGAGGCUUAUAAAGAAGGUCUUAAAUAUGAACCCGAUAAUGCUCAGCUUAAAAAGGCACUUGAAGAUAUUGAUGCGAGCGAUGAUAGUUUCGGAAAGAUAUUCCCCGAUGAUAUGUUAGUCAAAAUUGCUAUGAAUCCUAAAUUAAAACCUUACCUUGAUGACUCGGAUUUCGAUAAUCGCAUAAAAGAAGUGUUUAUGUUCAUGUUGACUGGUAAUACGAAUUUCGGGUCCGAGCAAAAUGACUCAUCAGAGAAUGAGAAUAAGUCAAACCCUGAACCGGAACCUGCACCAAAAACAAGAGAAGUUCCUGAAGUUCCUGAGCCGGAACCCGUUGAAAAGUCCGAAGAGGAAAUCAAAAAAGAAAACGCAGUAAAAGAAAAAGAUCUUGGUAACGUCGCUUAUAAAAAACGACAAUUCGAAGAAGCACUCCAACAUUAUGAUAAAGCUUGGGAAUUGGACCCGACAAACAUUACUAUCUUAAAUAAUAAGGCUGCUGUGUUAUUUGAGCAAGAGAAAUAUGAGGAAUGCAUUAAAACUUGUAAUGAGGCCAUUGAUGUUGGUCGAGAAUGUCGCGCAGAUUUUAAAUUAAUCGCCAGAGCGCUAGGAAGAAUUGGAAAUGCGUACGUCAAGCUCGGUAAAAUCGAUGAUGCCAUUAAAUAUUAUAAUAAAUCAUUGACAGAACACCGAACUGCUGAUAUACUUACCAAAUUAAAUGAGACCAUAAAGUUAAAAGCUAAAGUUGAAAAAGAAGCUUAUUACAAUCCCGAGCUUGCUGACAAGGCUCGUGAAGAAGGCAACGAACUUUUCAAGAAAAGUGACUUUUCUGGUGCCGUCCAGAAAUAUACAGAAGCGAUUAAACGUAAUGAUAAAGAACCAAAAUCUUAUAGUAAUCGAGCUGCUUGCUAUACUAAAUUAAUGGCAUUCCAAGAAGCGUUGAAAGAUUGCGAAAUUUGCAUUAGUCUUGAUCCUACCUUCGUAAAAGCAUAUCUUCGUAAGGCCGCAGUGGAGUUCUUAAAAAAAGAAUAUUCAAAUUGCUUAACAACAUGUGAAAUAGCUUUGAAACAUGAUGAUGGCAAACAUGCUUCAGAAAUCAAUGCACAGAUUAUGAAAUGUCGUCAAGCAAUGUAUUCAGGUCAAGAUACACAAUCGCAAGAAGAAAUACUUCGUAAGGCCUCUAGCGAUCCAGAAAUUAUGAAAAUUUUGCAAGAUCCCGUGAUGCAACAAAUUUUGCAACAAAGCCAAGAAGAUCCGCGAGCACUCAUGGAACACCUCAAAAAUCCUGUCGUCGCGUCUAACAUUCAAAAAUUAAUGAAUGCUGGUAUAUUGAGGACCGCUUGA